AUGUCCCGCGGAGCACUCGAUGACUCGGAGAUCCAGUCCGAGAUGAACAAGAUGGUCGCGUUCAUCUCGCAGGAGGCGCGGGAGAAGGCGCGCGAGAUCCAGGUCAAGGCCGACGAGGAGUUCGCUAUUGAGAAGGCCAAGAUCGUGCGCCAGGAGCAGCUCGCAAUAGAUGCGCAGUACGAGAAGAAGCGCAAGCAGGCCGAGGUUGGGUGGAAGAUUGCCCAGUCGACCGCGCUCAACCAGAGCCGCCUCGAGGUGCUGCGCAAGCGCGAGGAGCAGCUCCAGGAACUCUUCGAUGAGGCCAACAACAAGGUCAAGGACCUCGCCGAGGGCAAGGGCUACCCCAAGGCCAUGUCGUUGCUCAUCACUGAGGUCCUCCUCCUCCUGCUGUCCAAGGACGUGACGCUCGUCCACCGCCCCAAGGACGCCAAGCUGGUCAAGACGGCGGCAGCGGACGCCAAGAAGCAGUACAAGGAGAUCGCUGGGCUCGAGUCGGAGAUUUCGUUCGAGGACUCUCUCGCGGACGACUCGGCCGGCGGUGUGAUCGGCAUGGCGUUGGGCGACCGUAUCAAGGUCGACAACACGCUGUCGGCGCGCCUUCACAUCCUCGAGGAGAAGAUGCUCCCCGAGCUGCGUGAGGACCUGUUCGGCAAGAACCCUAACCGCAAGUUCUACACUUAG